GGCCGCCACCCGGCACUGCCAGCCGGCCACCCAUCGCCGACCGACCGACCGACCGACCGCCCGCCCGUGGUGCUGGCGACCCCGGCGCCGUGCAGGAGCUCUCCAAGCAACUCCUGUGUGUCCUGGCCCGUGGUGACUCCUCUCCAGACCCUCUGCCACCAAGAAGCCAAGUGAGGAACCGUGAAGGCUGAAAUCUGUUGUCAAUGGGACUGCCCAGAGGGAAAACUCGGCUCCUCUGCUUUCUGGGGACCUCUGCAGACAGCACGGUCGAACUCUGUCCCUCUGUGUUCACCUAGGAGCUGCUAGACCUCUGGAAAACAAGAGAUCUUGCCAAGGAGCUACGUGGGACAACCAAUGUUUCCCUUUGGUCCUGCACUGUGCUGUGGCACCCUCAUGUUUUUGGCAUGUAGUCAUAGACUCUGACGCGGGAGCAAUGGAGUCGCUGAGUGGCAGGUGCUGACAGCUUCCGCAGUCCCAGUAACUGCUCAUUUUGGGGUCAUUUGCAAUUCUGUACCUCUAAAUGCCACAGCUCUCUGGGGGAAGGUUGCGCUGGAUACCGGGACUGCCUCGGAAGACCGUGACGCCGCCAUGGGGAACGCGGAGAGCCAGAGCGUGGAGCACGCCUUCUACGGGGACAAGCAGCCGGGGCUGGGCCGCAAGCACACGUCGCGCUCGCUGCGCCUCUCCGGCAAGGCCUCGCGCCGCACGCGCCACGCCUCCUCGGGCAAGAUCAUCCACCGCAACUCGGAGGUGAGCACGCGCUCCAGCAGCACCCCCAGCAUCCCGCAGUCGCUGGCUGAGAACGGGCUGGAGCCCUUCGCUCCUGAGGCCAACCUGGAGGACUUCGGCAGCGCCAUGUGGGUGGAGCGCGUGGACAUGGGCCUGCGGCCCGUGUCCUACCACACGGACUCGUCGGUGACGCCCAGCGUGGACAGCAGCACGGUGCUGACGGCCGCCUCCGUGCACAGCAUGCCCGGUUCGGAGGAGAGCCGGCUCUACGGGGACGAGCCGCCCUUCCUGGCCGAGGGCGACGGGCGGGCGCUGCGCUACGCGGCCAACGGCACCGCCUUCAUGGAUGCGGCCAGCUUCAAGAAGAAGCGCUCCAAGUCGGCCGACAUCUGGCGCGAGGACAGCCUGGAGUUCUCGCUGUCUGACCUCAGCCAGGAGCACCUGACCAGCAACGAGGAGAUCCUGGGCCUGGCCGAGGAGAAGGACGCCGAGGCCGCGCCGGGUCCGCAGGCCGGCGGCAGCCCACAGCCCCUGGUUGCCUGCCAGCGAGCCAACUCCAUGAGCGACUUGUAUUCCCCCAAAACCCCCGGCGCCGCCAUCAACGGGGGCCCCCGAAACGCCUUUGGAGGGUACUGCCGGAACCUGGCGUCCGACGUGCCCGAGCUCGGGAGCCAUAAGAUGGCAUCGGUCACCGCUGAGGACGCGCCUGCCUCCUACAGUAACUACAACACGCUCCCCUGCAGGAAGUCUCACUGCCUUUCCGAAGGGGCCUCCAACCCCCAGAUGAGCCACAGCAGCAGCAUGCAAGGCAGGAGGGCCAAAACCACCCAGGACGUCAACGCGGGCGAGGGCAGCGAGUUCACGGACAGCGGCAUCGAGGGCGCAGCCACCGACACGGACCUGCUGUCGCGGCGCUCCAACGCCACCACGGCCAGCUACUCGCCGCCCGCCGGCCGCGCCUUCGUGGGCAGCGACAGCGGCAGCAGCUCGGCGGGCGAUGGGCUGCGCCAGGGCGUCUACGAGAACUUCCGCCGCGAGCUGGAGAUGAGCACCGCCAACAGCGAGCACCUGGAGGAGGCGGGCUCGGCCCUGAGCGACGAGCAGAGCAGCGGCACCCUCAGCUCCCCCGGCCAGUCCGACAUCCUGCUGACGGCCGCGCAGGGCACCGUGCGCAAGGCCGGCGCCCUGGCCGUCAAAAACUUCCUGGUGCACAAGAAGAACAAGAAGGUGGAGUCAGCCACGCGCAGGAAGUGGAAGCACUACUGGGUGUCCCUGAAAGGCUGCACGUUGUUCUUCUACGAGACUGAUGGCAGGUCUGGCAUUGACCACAACAGCAUCCCCAAGCACGCUGUCUGGGUGGAGAACAGCAUCGUGCAAGCCGUGCCUGAGCACCCCAAGAAGGACUUUGUCUUCUGCCUCAGCAACUCCCUCGGGGACGCUUUCCUCUUCCAGACGUGCAGCCAGACGGAGCUGGAGAACUGGAUCACGGCGAUCCACUCGGCCUGUGCCACCGCCGUGGCGCGGCAGCACCACAAGGAGGACACGGUCAAGCUGCUCAAAACAGAGAUCAAAAAGCUGGAGCAGAAGAUCGACAUGGACGAGAAGAUGAAGAAAAUGGGUGAAAUGCAGCUGUCCUCUGUAACGGACUCCAAGAAGAAGAAGACCAUACUGGAUCAGAUCUUCGUGUGGGAGCAGAACCUGGAGCAGUUCCAGAUGGACCUGUUCCGGUACCGCUGUUACCUGGCCAGCCUGCAGGGCGGGGAGCUGCCCAACCCCAAGCGCCUGCUGGCCUUCGCCAGCCGCCCCACCAAGGUGGCCAUGGGCCGCCUGGGCAUCUUCUCCGUGUCCUCCUUCCACGCGCUGGUGGCGGCUCGCACGGGGGAGUCGGGAGUGAGGAGAAGGACACAGGCCAUGUCCAGGUCUGCCAGCAAGCGGAGGAGCAGGUUUUCUUCUCUUUGGGGGCUGGACACCACCUCGAAGAAAAAGCAGGGGAGGCCGAGCAUUAACCAGGUGUUUGGAGAAGGAGUCGAUUCAGUGAAGAAAUCUCUUGAAGGGAUCUUUGAUGACACAGUCCCAGAUGGCAAGAGGGAGAAAGAAGUGGCCCUGAGCAGUGUCCACCAGCACAACCCCGACUGUGAUAUUUGGGUCCACGAGUACUUCACGCCCUCGUGGUUCUGCCUGCCCAACAACCAGCCUGCCCUGACGGUCAUCCGGCCUGGGGACACGUCCCGGGACGUGCUGGAAAUGAUCUGCAAGACACACCAGCUGGACUACUCUGCUCACUACCUGCGCCUGAAGUUCCUCAUUGAGAACCAGAUCCAGUUCUAUGUACCAAAGCCAGAGGAGGAGAUCUAUGAACUGCUGUACAAGGAAAUAGAAAUCUGUCAGAAAAUCACCCAGCACAUUCAGAUGGAGAAGUCUGAUGCAUCCUCUGAUAUUUAUGGUUUCUCUCUGUCCUCCGUGGAAGAGGAGGGGAUUCGCCGGCUGUACGUCAACGGCGUCAAGGAGACAGGCCUGGCUUUCAAGAAAGGCCUGAAGGCGGGGGAUGAAGUGGUGGAGAUCAACCAGAGAGCCGCUGAGGAGCUGGACUCGGCGCUGCUGAAGGACGCCCUGGUGCAGCCCUCGCUGUGCCUCACCGUGCGCACCCACCCCGAGCCCGAGGAGGCCCAGAGGCUGGGCCAGCCCCCACGGCGCCCAGAGAACCCCUCAGAGCCCGGGGACAGCGGCCUGGCCUUCGCUGGGGGCGGCCAAGGUCCCAAGCUGUUGGAGAGUGUCCAAAGGAGGGACCUGAGGAUGGUGCAGGGUCUGGAGGGGCCAUACAAGGAGCAGCUGAGGGCACUUGGAAUGUUCAGCUGGGGGAAAGAAGACUGA